AUGCCUUGGAAGAGCUUCAAGCCUGAUUUCAUGAGAAUGUAUGUUCCUGCGGAUGGUACCAACAUAUACGAUGCUACGGGGUAUCCAAUCGAUGGAAUCGAAUCGGAGGAUGUCAGGAGAUCAACCUUGACGCAGAUCUACAACGAUGUAUGGGAGAAGGCUACAAGUGAUGGUGAACUACCAAGUAGUAAACUGAUCAAGAGUACUGUAGAGGCGCAUACAGGCAGGAGAUACGGAUUGAUCUGUGUUAACAACGAGACACUCCGUGAAUUAGACGUCCUGGAGGACCCUGUGUAA